AUGGCGCUCAUCCAUCCCCUCAUCGCCCCCUCGUCGACCAGGCACGACGAGAAGCUCGUACCCAGGGUGUCCACCACCUCCGCUGCCGCCACGCGGCGAAGGCUGACGCUACCGGAGCGGAUCCCGCGCGGCGCGUGGGACUCGCACAUGCACGUCGUCAACCCCACCGCGUACCCGCUGGCCAAGGAGGCCAUCUACUGCCCCAAGACGCACCGGCUCGACCAGGCCCUCUCGUUCGAGGCCUCGGUCGGCAUCGACAACAUGGUGCUCGUGCAGCCGUCCAUCUACGGCAACGACAACGCCUGCCUCCUCGACGCCCUGCGCGCCCUCGGCCCCCGCCGCGGCCGGGCGGUCGUGGCCUUCGAGCCCGGCACCGUGCCCGAGAGUACCCGCAGGGAGUGGCACAGGCUCGGCGUGCGGGGCGUCCGCAUCAACCUGUCGUCGGUCGGCCGGUCGCUCGACGCCGCGGAGCUCGGCGAGCUGCUGCGCCGGUACGCCGACGACUGCCGGCCCCUGGACUGGGUGAUCCAGCUGUACGUGCCCAUGGCCAUGAUGGAGCUGCUGGAGCCCGUCGUGCCGACGCUCGGCGGCGUCCGCGUCUGCGUCGACCACCUCGGCCACCCCUCGGCCGGGGACAUGGCGGCGUCGGGCGGCGACCCCUACGACAUGAGGGGCUUCGCGUCCCUGGCGAGGCUGCUGCAGGCCGGCAGCACCUACGUCAAGCUGUCGGCGCCCUACCGGCUGAGCUCGAGGGCCGACCACGCCGACCUGGAGCCCAUGGCGCGCGAGGUCCUGCGCCUGCGCGGCGGGGAUCGCGUCGUCUUCGCGACGGACUGGCCGCACACGAGGUUCGAGGGCCUCGACAUCCGGCCCUGGAUCGAGACGGUCCUCGGGUGGUGCGGCAACGACGACGUCCUGGUCGACAGGCUCUUCAGGGGCAACGCCGAGGCGCUGUGGAAUACCCGUGGCGGAGCAUGA